UUUAAAUUCACCGUUCAUUAACAUCUCUGAGUCAGAUACACUAACUACUAAUGCUGAUUUUAGGACCUGUUUAAUCUUCUGAACCUUUGCUUAACCCGUAUUCAUUAGUCUUUUUUGCUGGUACGCCAUGGCGAUGCGCUCAGAUCUUUAAGUCAAGGUCAGUACACGUGACCCGGAGGUAAAGUGCAUCUAGCGCUUUGACCAUGCUCGUCCGGAGGCUGUCGGGCUAUGCUUUGCGUGGAGAGUUACAAGUCUGUCCAGCGAGGAGAUUUUGCCCAAAGCUCAUUUGGCGAUGGACGUGCACGGACCGUUCUGGGACCCCCGUGCCCGCGUAUUACGUCACCACGCCGGUUUUCUACGUUAAUUCUUUACCUCAUAUCGGACACGUGUAUUCCGCUGUGGUAGCCGACUGCUCACACAGAUACAAGAUACUGCAGGGGGUUAACUCCAGGUUUGCUACAGGUACGGAUGAGCACGGUCUUAAAAUCCAGCAGGCGGCUGCCACUACCGGCAAAGACCCCCUGACUUUUUGUACUGAGGUGUCGAAUAGAUUUAGGCAUGUUUUUAGAAGAUGUGGUAUUUCAUACACUGACUACGUGCGGACAACGGAGGACAGACAUCGCCAGGCAGUUGAACAAUUUUGGACUGUCCUCGUCAACAAUGGUUUCAUCUAUAGAGGAAGUUAUGAAGGCUGGUACUCUGUGCCAGACGAAAGCUUUCUCACAGAAACCCAAGUUGUCGACAGUACAGACUCUUUGGGAAGAGCAAUCAAGACUUCCACAGAGAGUGGUCAUAAGGUGGAGUGGAUGAAGGAGGAUAAUUACCUGUUCCGCCUCAGUGAUUUACGACACAAGCUGCAGCACUGGUUGAGGUCCAACCCACGUGUCAUUCAGCCAGAAAAGUUCUACUACAUUGUCCUUCAGUGGCUGGAGAGCGAUCUACCUGAUUUGUCAGUGUCCCGCCAGAAAAGCCGUCUGCAGUGGGGUAUUGGGGUUCCAGGUGAUCCCGAACAAACAGUCUAUGUGUGGUUGGACGCUUUGGUGAACUACCUGACCGUCGCUGGGUAUCCAGAGCAGCACUCUCGCUGGUGGAGUGUCGUCCAUCAUGUUGUAGGUAAAGACAUUUUAAAAUUCCAUGCCAUUUACUGGCCAGCUUUUCUCUUGGCUGCAGAGUUACCCCUUCCCCAGGCUAUACACGUUCAUUCUCACUGGACAGUGCAAGGGAAAAAAAUGUCCAAGAGUCUUGGCAACGUGGUAGACCCACUUGAGACGUCGCUGAAGUUCACGGUGGACGGCCUAAGGUACUUUCUGCUGAGACAAGGGGUUCCAGACACCGACUGCGACUACGACGAUGACAAAGUGGUGAAGUUGUGCAAUAGUGAGCUGGCUGAUGCUCUGGGGGGUCUUCUCAAUCGCUGUACAGCCCCCUCUCUUAAUCCAGAGCAAGUAUACCCUCAGUUCUGCAACACCUCCUUUCCAAAAGAACCGGAAGAAUUCAACGGAAGAGCCGUGUUGGAGGAUUACAAAAUGGUGGAAGCAGUGUUGAGGCUCCCUGCUUUGGCAAAGGAAAACUUUGAGAAGCUACAUGCGUACAAAGCGUUGGAAGCGAUCAGCGGGUGUGUGCGCAUGACCAAUGGAUUUAUCCAACGGCAUGCUCCUUGGAAGCUUAACUGCAGGAAAACGGAAGACAAACUCUGGUAUGACACCGUACUUCACGUGUCCAUGGAGUGCCUCAGGAUCUACGGAAUUCUCCUGCAGCCAGCUGUGCCAAGUCUUGCGGACAAGAUCCUGUCCAGACUGGGGGUGGGGCCUGGAGAAAGGAGCUGGGAUCAUGCGCUUGAUUUUCUGUCAAGAUACGAAGGCAGGGACUGUCCUUAUGAAAGAAGAGCACUGGGUCCAAACACGGGACUGCUUUUCAGUCGCCUUGAGAGGAAAAAUGUGCAAGAAAAACACCAGAAACCAGGAAAAUGACAAGACGGUAUAUAAGACCCCAGUAAACAAACAUUCUUAACUGCUGACAAUUACAUUUCAGGAAAGACUUUUACUUGACAUGUAAUUGCAAUAAGAGCAUGGACCACUAGAUGGCAAUGCUUAAAACGAGUAAGUGGCAAUAGAAGUGUGUACUUUGUAAUGAUUGCCUCUUAAACAAGGAGGCAAGUUGUCCUUUUUCCAGGUGUGACGGUUUAGUGUGUUGUGAAAUCGUGACCCUUUCAGAGUGAUGACAAUUUUUAGGAGCAAGCUUUUAACUAACAAAGGACAAAUUCUGGAGUUGUCAUUGGUGUUGCAGAUGCUCAUGGCUGGACACUCAUUUCAUAGAUUAAAGUGUCUGAACUUUAUGGAAUGUUAUUACAGGUAAUAUGACCUCGGGAAAGAAAGCACUAUGAAUAAAAGUCAUGUACAUGUCACCAAGAAACUGAACCAGUGUAGAAUUCUUUUCCUUCCUUUUAGGUCCUGUAAUAUAUUGGUUUUCCACUUUAUUACUGGGUGCAAGCAAAUGUCAUACUGGGACAACAUGUAAAAACUGACAUGAUUUUUUUUUUUUUUUAAUGAGAAUACACGAAACUGAAAUUGUACAAAGUGGGGGGGGGG